AUGCCUUCCAGCAAGUCAUCAUCGGGCAACGGCCACCGUAGCGGGACAGCUGCGGCUACGGGAGCUAUGCGUAGUCCAAGGGACUACAGGGACUACGAGACCUCCGCCCCACAAACCCACUAUGGGCAUGACACCGCAUCGGAGAGCAGGCCUGCGACGAAUAAACCCAAGCGGAAGAGGAACCGUCAUCGAAAGCGUCGAAAUCGUCGGCAGUCAUUCCUUACCCCGGAAGAAUCCCAUCCUGGAGCCGGGGCCAACGGUGCGGAUACAGAGGAUCUGACCAUGAUGGCGGGGGACCAGCACCAUUCUCGACCAGCGCUACCGUUCUACGAUUUAAGAAGAGAUUUGAGCAGUACGAGCUUGGAGAGUGAGGCGUUGCUUGAUCACCGGGAUCAACCGAUGAUGCGCCCACGGAGAGAAAGCAGACUCGCUCAAUCUUUUCGACCGGGUUCGAUGUCGAUCCCAUCCCGCUCUACUGACCUAGUUCCCCGCAGCACACCGUCUGGCCCGAAGGCAUACCACGCAGAAGACGAUAGUGACGGUUCGGAGGGAAUGGACGAUCGCACACCGUUGAUACGGCCUUCUUCAGGCCACCAUGGCAGCCGGUCGUGGUAUGGAACGGAUUCUAUACCGAGUCCUUUCGCUUCGCGUCAGCGACGUUCCUCAGGUCAGACUACGUCCUCCCGGUGCUCGCCCCAUGGUCUCGCAACUCCCAUAGAUCCCGACCGCGAUUAUGAUAUCAAUAAUCCUCCAUCAAUUCCAAGCUCACCCAAACUAGGGGGUGACAUGAACUAUGAUGAUGCGGUGGUCACAGGGGCCGAUUUCGAUUUUGCUUUGGCGAAAUCGAUUGACAAUCGCAUGCAGGCGGGCUCUCGGCCCAACGAUAUGGUGAUCGAAGUGGAGGGUGGUGCAAAUCGGCCGAAGACCUCGACUCAGUCUUCUCCAUCGUCCCCGCAGCUUCCCCCGCACGAGGCUCUCCGUCGACGUCGCACUGUCACUCUGCCUGUGGAAGAGGAUGUUUGCUUUCCUACGGAAGAAGUGUCUGAGUUAGCCGAGGAAGAUGCACGGAGAACAUCUCGAGAAGAUGAACGGCGGCGACGGCGCAUCAAGGAGUGGCCAGACUUGUCUGUCCUGGAAGAAUGGAGUCGCGAGGAGAAAGAGGAGCGGACUGGUGUCCUCCGUGCAAAGAAAAUCAGUGAGCCUGUGUUGAUUGAGGGUCGGCUUCGACCUCAGUAUCGGGUUUGGCGACGGGAGGAGGAGGAAGCACCGUAUCGAUUCACGUACUUCAACGAAGAAUUUCAGAGCACCAUCCAUUCCCAGAGUAUAUCCGAGCUGGUACAGCCUGGGGGGAACUUCCGGGAGUUGUUCAUCCCUGAUCCCCCCGAAUUGGAAGAUUCCUCCGAUGAGGAAGACUAUGAGGAUGAGCAACAUCACAGCGACAAUGUCACUGAAUCCAACUACAGCAGUAACAAUCACAAUAACACGACCCCUGAAGGAAGCAAAGCGGCACAGUCUGGUGGAAGCAAUGCCGCUGCUCCCAAUACCUCUCGGGUUCAGCCCCGCAUGUCUGUGAUCAGCGAAGCUGUGUCCGAAGCACGCACAUCGGGCGAGGGCUCACCUGCGCGAAAGACGUCGGUUCCCAAACCUAAGAGAUAUGGGCCGCGCCCAACCUUCUGGCUGGACGUCCUUUGCCCGACGGACGCCGAGAUGCGAGUGAUUGCCAAGGCGUUUGGGAUCCAUGCGUUGACAGCUGAAGAUAUUAUGAUGCAGGAGGCACGCGAGAAGGUGGAAUUGUUCCGGAACUACUACUUCGUCAACUAUCGGACCUUUGAACAGGAUCCCAACAGCGAGAACUACCUGCAACCCGUGAAUAUGUACAUCGUGGUAUUUCGGGAGGGCAUAUUGACCUUUCAUUUCUCUCAGACACCACACCCGGCGAAUGUCCGCCGGCGAAUCCGCCAGCUGAUGGAUUACUUGAUACUCAGCUCCGACUGGAUUUCGUAUGCGCUGAUUGACGACAUCACCGACGUGUUUGGUCCGCUCAUCCAAGCCAUCGAGGACGAGGUUGACGAUAUUGAUGAGAGGAUCAUGAAGAUGCACUCCCCUGGGCGCGGAAUGGAUUCUAACAACCAUCGAGAUGAUGAGAGCCAAGAUGGACCAGAGCCCCCGGCACCUGGCGAGAUGCUGCGUCGGGUGGGAGAAAGCCGCAAGAAGGUCAUGGGAAUGUACCGACUGUUGAGCAACAAGGCCGACGUGGUGAAAGGAUUCGCGAAGCGGUGCAACGAGCAUUGGGAGGUUGCGCCCAAAUCGGAGAUCGGACUGUAUUUGGGCGACAUUCAAGACCAUAUCAUGACCAUGACCAGCAGUUUGACUUACUAUGAGACGCUCCUAUCGCGCGCACAUUCGAACUACCUUGCACAGAUCAACAUCUUGAUGAACGAACGACAAGAACGGACUGCCGAUGUGCUCGGUAAACUGACCGUUCUGGGAACGAUCGUGCUUCCCAUGAACAUCAUCUGCGGUAUGUGGGGGAUGAACGUCAAGGUUCCUGGUCAAGAGGUGGAUAGCCUCACGUGGUUCUGGUCCAUCACGGGAGGGUUGAUUAUUUUCGCCUUUGCCUCUUUCCUCAUCGCCAAGCGAGUCUACAAGAUCGUGUAG